AUGAAGGCCCUGGCCAAUGUCCACCUUCUCCUUGGAAUUGUAGCCUGCAGAAGCUUCUUAGUAACCAUAAGGCCGAUCAACAGCGGUUAUGUCCUCAAGUUUGAUGGGCGUGGCGUUGUGCUUGGAUCCGAUAGAAUGGAAGAGUCGGCAUCCUUCCGGAUUACAGUGAAGAAGGUGAAGGAGCUCAAGCUGCUUGGAAUGAAGCUGCGAAAGCGCAAGCACUUGAUUCUUAUAUCUCCAGGGAGCAACCAAAAGCUUUAUUUAUGGUACAAGAAGAAGAAAGGACUUUUUGUGCAGAAGAAAAAGAAGUACUGGGAGUAUAAGGACAUGGGCAACGGAGGCUACAUGCUCAAGGCGGGCAAGAACAAGUGUCUGGGGAUGACCAGCGGUAAUGGCGUCGGGGUCUCCAAGUGCGGGCAGGGAGAGGAGCAGGUGUUUGUCUUUGAGGAGAAGGAUCAGGAGUCCUCUACGAGUGCAAACGAAGACGAGCAUGUUACCAUCACCACCGAAAUGCUGCAGGUGCCUGAGACCAUUCAUGUUGGAGACAGAUCUCUGGAAAUCUCCUCCUCGUCCUACGAAAGCAGCGAUUCCGAGGACAGCGACAGCAGCGUUACAAAGCCUGUUUUUAUCAACCUGAACAUGAAGAACAAGAAGAUGGAUGCAGACGGAGAUGGCCGGGAGAGCUCGUCUUCUGUGCUAUCCCCGUCGGUCUCAACAACAACGGUCUAUGUGUCUGUCACCAGGUCCCUGACAAAGUCUGUGAUAAAGUCGCUGACAAAGAGUGUACCGAGCGCUCCCAUAGUAACCAUCAUUGAGAAGCCCCUGUCAGCAAGCACAAGGCAUCCUUCAAGCAUAGCUUCCUUUCGGGGAAGAAUGACGCCUCCGGACGAGCCCCCGUACUCCGUAUGCAAUUCAAAUGAAUUACCUGAAACACACGAGGUACCUCGUGGAGGGCAUUCAGACGAAAGUUAUGGAGGAAUCAGAAACAGCGAGAGUCUCGGACUCGAUCUCAAAUUCUAUCCAGAGCUAGGAAGGCUUCUCAAGGGCAAUGUAUAUGGAAGGACUAAGAGGCGCCCUAGAAGAAAGGCUGGAUCCAAUGAUGCUAAAGUGAUGUCUCGGGGCAGUUCGGGAAAAGAGCUGGAGCUUGCCAGCGGCUGCACCUAUCUGGAUACCAGAGGGCCCAAUCCUUUGUAUCAAGACGCCAUUUCAGCACCGAUCUGCAUCAAUAUUGAAUAG